GGAAGCCUCGUGGACAGAAAGAGCGGUCACCUAGGGUAGGCCUAUAUAUACAGUUUAUGUAGCAAAAAUGUAUGAAUGCCGACUUUUUCUUUCUGAAGCCAUAACGCUGAGGACUCGAUGGGACUGGAAACUUCAGCGACACUUCAUUUAAAUUAAUCUCCUCACACUCUAUUGCUAUUUGAGGCUCGACGCGCUUGAAGGCAGAAGCGCUUUGGAGCGCACCGGUAACAUCUGCCAUCCCGACCCCAGCAAACUGUACUGCAAAGACGGACAAGGACGGUGACCUGUGUGGCCAAACAUGGAAGAACUUGCCCGUGAGAGUAUCAGCCUGUUGGCGAGGUCUGCGUCGCACGCGGAUCCCCCACGGCUCGGUUCGUUCGGUGCCAUCUUCAUCAUGCUCAAAUCUGCCCUCGGCGCGGGACUGCUUAACUUCCCGUGGGCUUUCGAGAAGGCGGGAGGAGUGAAUACAGCCAUCAGCGUUGAAAUGGUGAGCGCAAUCAAUAAAUCGAGAACCAAAAUAGUGGGAUUUUUCAAAAAAAAGAGGAAAGUAAUAAAACAGAAAACCUUUUUUUGUCCACACAAUCAAGACGUGCUGUAACUAGGUGUCAAUUCAAUCAAACAUGCACUAUGGGAAAUCUGUGGAAGUCAUAGCACCCUUGCCCCAUGUUGCACCCUUCAUUAAAGUCAAAAUGAGUUUACUUCAUCCUGUAAAUACUGAAAUGUUCUCAUAUUAGUUUGUGUGUGUGUGUGUGUGUGUCACAGUGGCGGACUGGUCUUCUGGCAUAUCAGGCAAAUGCCAGAUGGGCUGGUCCAUUUUUAGCCCAGUGGGCCUGUUUUACUUUUCUUUUGCGUAAAAUUAACUGACUAAUAAUGGGUGCCUCAAGGAAAAAAUGGGCCGGUGUGGAGGCCUCAAGGAAAGAAAUGGGCCAGUGUGUGGGCCUCAAGGAAAAUAAUGAUCUGGUGUGUUAGAAAUGCCAGGACUGAUUUCUGGUCCUAGUCUGCCCCUGUGUGUGUUUGCCUGUGUGUGGCGGCAUACACCCAUGGCCUAGGCCUGCUUUGUUGAAUUUCCUCUCCUUGGUGUGAAUGAGAUGCAUCUUUUCACAGGCUAACUCUAAUGAAGGGCUCAUGGGUCAAGAGCCGGGCAGGCGCCCAUGCAUGUAUACUGUAAUAGCAGCAGGACCCACAACGAAGGCCUGCGUGUGUGUGUUUGUGUGCAUAUGUGCUUGUGUCUGUGUGUGCAUGUGUGCUUCUUUCUGUAUGUGUCUGAUUGGUGGAUGAUUUAAUCCAUCAGGGUUAUGACACACAAUUAUUCUAGUGGUUUCCUUCUCACUGUAUCAUUGAUGGGGAACAUGUUUUGCAUUUAAACUGCCAAGUGUGAGCUCCCUGUCAAACUUCUAUCACCUAUCCAAACAAUUUUAGGGAUUCAAUUCAGGGAGGAAGGGAGAAUAGCGCUGGAACCAUUUACAUGCUCAGACAUAACGAUAUAUGUACUGCAAAACACUCUCUUUCACCCCGACCCCCACCCCCAGGUGUCACUGGUGUUCCUGAUCAGCGGAUUGAUCAUCCUGGGCUAUGCCUCGUCCAUCAGCAGAAAGAACACCUAUCAGGACGUGGUGCGAGAGGUGUGUGGGGGAGCCAUCGGCCAGCUGUGUGAGGUCUGCUUCUGCUUCAACCUCUUCAUGAUCUCUGUGGCCUUCCUGGUGGUGGUGCAGGACCAGCUGGACAAACGUGAGUGAUAACGUCCCGGCCAGCAUUGGCACAGCAUCACGCCAUUCCCACAAUGGCCCUGUAGCCACAGUUAUAAAUGGAUGCGGUUAUCUGGUAUACCGAUAGAACCACCAACGUCCUGAAUAUGUUUUAACGUGCGUCUAUGAGGGUUUUCCAUUAGGUGUUUUCAUCCUGUUGUUUCCUCUGUGUGUUCCAGUGUGUGUGUCUCUGUAUGAGAUGGUGACGGGGUCCUUUGAGGGCGAGAUGCCGUACCACUGGUAUACAGACCAUCGCUUCCACCUCUUCAUCAUGUGCCUCAUCUUCAUCCUCCCUCUCUCCAUCCCCAAAGAGAUUGGCAUCCAGAAAUACACCAGGUGUGUCGGUUGGAGCGCGGGUGUUUGCCUGUGUAGUAUGUGUUGUGCAUGUGUGUGUGUGUUUGAAAUUGGGAUACUACAUGGUUAUUCAUACUCCCUAUUUCCCCUCUCUUUCUUUGACUCUUUGUCUCUCUCUGUAUCACUCAGUGUGCUGGGCACUCUGGCUGCUACAUAUCUCUGUGUGGCUGUCAUCGUCAAAUACUACAUGAUGGAUGAACAUUCGGCCGUCAUUACCCCAGAGCACAGUGAAGGGUCAGUGAGUGUGUGAGUUGGGUUGUGUGAGUAUGUGUAUGUAUGCGAAUGUGUGUUUGUGUGCACGUGUUUCUUCGGCAAGUAUGAGUAUGCUUGUGCAUAUGUUGUGUGUGAUUAUCUGUUAUUCUCUGUCUUCUGUGUUUUCUAGAAUAGAUUCAUGGGCUUCAAUGUUCAGCGUCGUCCCCACCAUCUGUUUUGGCUUCCAGGUACAGAAAAGCUUUUAACUGUUUGAAGUCUGGAGGCAGUUAGUAUCUGUACUAUAGGGUUAUGCAUUUGCUUGUGUGUGUGUGUUACACUGCUACAACACCUAUACUCUGUUUGUGUAUUAUUAGUAUGUAUAUGAAUGUGUGUUUUUGUAUUAUUAGUAUGUAUAUGAAUGUGUGUUUGUGUAUUAUUAGUAUGUAUAUGAAUGUGUGUUUGUGUAUUAUUAGUAUGUAUAUGAAUGUGUGUUUGUGUGUUGCAGUGCCAUGAGGCCUGUAUAGCCAUCUACAGCAGCAUGGAGAACAAGAAGCUCUCCCAUUGGGUGAUCAUCUCCGUGAUCUCUAUGUUCUUCUGCCUGCUCAUCUACACCCUUACAGGUGAGCUGGCAUGUCAACCAUGGAAUAAUCCCUCCUUCCUUGAAGUAAUCACUGAUCAGUGGUUGGAUUGGUGAAAGCAGUUGGAUAGUUUUAGCGUUGAGCAGUGAAUACCUCAAGGAAAACAAGGAUGGAUUUAAAGAUUCAAGUAUGCAUGACAAGGAUGCAAGGAAGUAUUCAAACAGGACCUGAUGUCCAGCUGUUUAGUGCAUUGUGGGAGAUGGCGUUUAGACACUUGGCUAUUGGCCAUGCAUUCUCUUCCAGGCAAGGCAGGCUGUCAGUCAUAUCCCUUUCUCUGUUCUCAGGCAUCUUUGGCUUCCUGACAUUUGGGCGCACAGUGGCGGCUGAUAUUCUGAUGUCAUAUCCUGGAAAUGAUGUGGUCAUGAUCAUUGCCAGACUGCUAUUUGGAAUCUCAAUCAUCACCAUCUAUCCAAUUAUACUUCUGUUGGGAAGGUAGGGCCCCACUUGGACAAUACAGGCAGUUGUUUCUGUGUGUUACCAUGUAACGGAGUCUGUGUGUGGACAUUUAUGUUAAUUUCACAGGUCUGUCAUUCUGGACCUGAUGUUGCGUAUUCGUCGCCGCCGGCGCGGUGGGGUCACACGCUCUUUUGAGAACCGCUGCAGAGUGAUUCUGACUGUCAUCUGGAUCACAGUCACCCUCCUCAUCGCCAUGUUUGUCCCUGACAUGAGUGAGGUCAUCAGCGUUAUUGGAGGAAUCAGUGCCUUCUUCAUCUUUAUCUUCCCUGGUAUGAAACAAAGUGUGUGUGUGUGUGUGUGUGUGUGUAUGUAGGCGUGUGUCUGAGGUUGUUUGUGAAUCACAAGCGUUCCUGUGUUGAGCUGAUCCUGUGUUUGUGUAAACUUGUGUCAACUAACAUUGAGAUGUGUGUUGCAGGGCUUUGCCUGGUAUUCACUAUGCAGUCAGAGCCUGUGUCGCCCAUAGUCAGGUGAGUGGAGUAGUUUGAAGUUAUGAGAUCACCUGGUGGUGUUGAAUUGAAUCACAAACUGCCCACAAAACAUGAGUUAACUGAAGUUGUGGUCCAAUAAAUUGCAUACUAUUGCAUUACUAUUGUAGACAUUCAUGAAUGGACCUGAUUGCACCCAUCUCUUUCUCCUCUGUCUCUCUAUCCCUCUCUCUCCCUGUCUGCAGGGUGGUGUGCACUGUGUGGGGGGUGAUUACUGUAAUUGUUGGAGCCUUCAUUUUUGGACAGAGCACUACCAUUGCCAUCAUGGAGAUCUUCCACAAAUUCUGAUAAUCAUCACCAUCAGAACCACCAAUGUCACCAGCACUAUCAGCUUUACCAGCAUCAUUAUCAUUACAACAACAUCAUUAUGAUUGUACCUGGGUUCUGUUUGAGGUUCAUUAUGUUUUUAAACUUGAGGUUUAUGGGAGUCAGAAGUCUAGAAUAACAUAUUGAUGUAGUGCUGCUAUAUCAACACUGCAUGUGAGGCACAUAACCUAAUUAUAUUUUAUUUGCUUGUAUCCCAAAUGUAUGCAGUAUGGAGCAUAUAUGUCCUUGUUUAUCAGAUUUUAUGUUUUCUGAAAUAGUUUGAAAGAAGUACUUCACUUAUUUAUGGAUUUUACUGCAACUGUAAAAGCACAAAAUGAAUGCAUCUAUAGUAUGUUUGGAGGUUUGGAUAGGGAAAUUGAUCUAUGUAUUUAUGUAUGCAUGGACAUGUAUGUGUAUUCGUAAAUGAUUCUUCCUUUAUGGCCAUCACAACUAAUCACAACAGAUAUGCAGCUACAGUUCAGUCAGCGUGCAGUGUGUCAUGUUGCAGAGCUGUGGCAGGGGGCAGUGUUGCAUAGGGAUGAAGGUAGGAAGACAAUGAGUUCUUCCACAAUGAGUUUCUUCCACAAUGAGUUCUUCCACAAUAUUGUAAAUAAAGACUGCACCUCAGAAUGACAGAACAUAUGGAAACACUUCCGUUUUCUCUCCCUCUGUACCGUAUUUCUAAAUUUUUUGCUCUGCAUCUUUCCUUCUCUCCCGCUCUCCCUCCACACUGACCUCCCUCUAUCCCAACUGUGAGUAGCAGUCUAUCAGUUAUGGUGCGG